CGCCGCCCUCAACGCCGAAAGUGUCCACUCACCUUCUACUAGCAUGGCGACCUCCUCUCAAUAUCGUCUGCUGCUGAGUGACUGCGGGCCUCCAUCGCUAGGCUACACCCAGGGAACUGGAAAUAGCCAGGUGCCUCAGAGUAAAUACGCAGAGCUGCUGGCCAUCAUUGAGGAGCUUGGGAAGGAGAUCAGACCCACGUAUGCAGGCAGCAAGAGCGCCAUGGAGAGACUGAAACGAGGCAUCAUCCAUGCCCGAAGCCUGGUUCGGGAGUGCUUGGCUGAAACGGAACGCAACGCCAGGUCCUAGCCCCGCCAGGCUGAAGGCCCGUCCUGCCGCCACAUGGAGAUGAGAGGCUUUGGUCAAAAUGGCAGUAGUGUUUCUACCACAGUCAUUAAGCUCCGAACCCACACUUAAAGGAUUGGGAAGACAUUUUGCAGUUAUUGACGAUGUGCAUUUUAACGAGUUAGGAAUGACCCAGCUUUUCUUUUCCAAGCAUUUGAAAGAUGUUUGUGAAGCUACUUCACAGCAAGCUAUUGUUUGCCCCCAGUACCAGUGUCCCCUUCAAUCUCCCUUUGGAUUCAUUUUCCAUUUGCAUUACCCUGGUUGACUUCUUUUCCAUGAGCUCACCUGCCUCUGAGGACUGGGCAAACCAUAGCACGUUUGCUUAGUAGCUGGCCCGCCUGUGUACAGUGUAGACCCUGCUUCACGGAGCUUUCUGCUUAAGUGUUUGCAUGACUGAGUGCUUUGGAGUCAAUCUUUAAAAUGCACAGGUUAUAAAUACAGAAGAAAGUGCAAUCUACCCAAUCUACCAAGCGCCCUGCAAAAUGUCCACCCUGAGAUUGUAGAUCUCAGUUCCAUGUUGACUGUGAGCCAAUCACAACAUCUGGAAGAAAAUGAUGGAAA